AUGGAAUACCAGCAGCAGGGCUGGGGAGGUGGACAUCAUCAGCGAGGCUGGAUUGACAACAGGCAGCCUGCCAAUGUGUUCCAGGGAGACAUCCAGAGGCUCGGCUCUCUUUUGGAAAUGGAGAGAGCCAGAUGGUUUGAGGAGAACCAGAAGGUGGCCGCCCUGGAGAAAGAACUGGAAGAUGCUAAACAUGAGGUAAAAAGGCAGAAGAACCUCAAAGAGAUGUACAUAAACAAGGGCAAGGAGACAAAAAGAGAACUUAUGAGUUUACAGAAGUUUUCCGAUCCAGAAAGUCUCAGCCCGGCAAUUAUUGCUUCCAAGGUGCACAGCACCAUGAAAUACAAGAAGAAAAAGCUUCUGCAGCAAGACUUUGAACAUCUAAAGGUAGCUCAUGUCGUCAACGAGGAGUUAUUUGUAGCACAAAUCGAGGCGGAAAAAGAGAGAAAUAACACCCUCCAACAAGAACUGGAUAAAGUCAAGCUUUCCUACGAGCAGCUUCGCUCUGAACGUGAAGCUGACAAUGCUGGGGCGACGCUGCAGGUCGACAUGCAGAAGGUUUAUGAAGACAAGAUCAAGCAGGACCAAACGCUCAUCGAGAACCUGAGAGCUGAGAAGGAUGAUCUCUUCCAGACAAUGUCAUAUGAGAUCGCCGUCCUGCAAGAAAAGAAGAAGUGUCUGAAGAGUGAGAUGGAGCAGUUAAAGGUUUCGUACCAAGAACUAAACUUGAAGUAUGAAACAGAAGUUUCUGCACUGAGACAACAGGCAGAAGCCCACCAGCAGGAGAUGAAUCGUGAGAAAGAAGCAAAUUCAGAGAGAGCAAAGAAUGACCUCCAGCUUAUCAACGACCUUAAAGCUGAGAAGGACAAUCUCCAUCAGAAAAUGACACAAGAGUUCGGAUUCCUGCAACAGCAAUCGGCGGAGAACACGAAACAUCUCCAAAGAGAACUGGAGCAGGUUAAGGUUUCAUACCAGGAGCUGAAAAAUAGGUAUGAACUGGACGUUUCUGCGCACAGACAGCAAGCAGAAGUGUUUGAACAGCAGUUAGACGAACAGAUAAAAGAUCAUUCACAGAAAAUGAAGGACAACCUUAAAUUUAUCAACCAACUUAAAGCUGAGAAGGACGCUCUCCACCAGCAACUUACCGUCCUCCAACAACGAUUCUCUGGCUGUGAGGUUAAUUAUAAAACAGAGCUAGAGAAUCUGAAAGCUGAGCUCCAAGACAGAGAUGACCUGGGUCCUCCAAAAAGAAAAAGGGCCAGGCGUCAAGAACCAUCUAUGGAUCUCGACCGUCUCUUAGAGGAAACCCUGUCAGAGCCUGUUGAAUAUCCUGAGGCGUCCCCCAUGGAGCUAGAUAACUUCGUAGAGGAGAUGCUAAAAGACUUAAGCAUUCUUGAUCCUGAAGCCAGGGAAGUGCCUGAGCUUCCUGGGGAGACCCUGCCAGAGAACCAGCAAAGCCAAGAUCCUGAACCCAUGCAGGUGGAAGGCUCACAACCCGACCCUUCAGUUUGGAAAAAGAUACGGCACACUCUGGGUUUAAAGAAGCCAAAGAAAUGGAAGAAAAGCAAGAACACUUCCCAAAAUGAGCAGCUAGAGAAGUAGGCCAGUACUGAACAGUUUAAAAAAAUAUUUUAGUCCCAUUCAAAUGUCCAAUUUAAUUCCCAAAAUAAAAAAACAGGGCGGCACGGUGAUGCGGUGGUUAGCACUGCAGCUUCGCAGAAGAGAGGUCCCAGCUCUUAGCUGGGUACCGCUUUCUGUGAGGAGUUUGUAUGUUCUCCACGUGUUUGCGUGGGUUUUCUCCGGGUGCUCCGGUUUCCCC